UCUGACAAGUCUCAUACAUAAUAUGCGACUUAUAAGUCACAUUUUGUUUCUGAAGCUUAUAAGUUGGCGUAUAAACCCGAAAUUGCGGUCAUAAUAGAGUGUAAAAUCCUCCUGGACAACCUUUCCCCCUUUUACCUCCGCCAUAGCAACCGAUUUUCGAUGUUUUUGACUGAUUUUUUGUAGCAAAUAUUUUCUACAUCCAACAACAAGCUCAAACCUUGGCGUCGUUGAAAAAGCCCUAAAAGUGAAAUCAACUCCAUUCAUUUUGUAUUCGAAUUUCACUACGAAAGAAAGCUUUUCUCUUUUGCUGCAGCUGCGUGUAACAUCCAUUGCACUUCUUGGUGGUGUUAUUUCUGCUGGCGCUGAAUGAUGGGAAACCAAUCACUCUGUGACAAUAACAUGGUGGAGGAGGAGGAAGCAGAGUAUGUAUUGCUUGAUUUGGAUGGCAUUUCCUCCGAAGUUCACAUUCCCCCAAAUGCACCAUAUGUUCUCUCUGGUCUUGACACAUUGAAUCCCAUCUUGACCAUUGAUGGCAAAAUCAAGCUGAUUGGACAGUAUGAUGAGACUAUUGGGACAUGCCUUGUAUUUAGUGAAAGUGAUGCUCCCUCCAUGGUUCACGAAGACACAGGACCAUCUGAAUCCAACCAUUUGCCAGGAAGACGCAUAUUAGACCCUAAGGAAACCGAGUCCAAGCAAGUCAAGCCUGUAACACAGCUUCAUAAGAUACUUAAGUUCAGGUUGUUGCAGGAUACUGAAACUGAAGAUGCAAGAGAGAAGCCAAAAGAAGAUUAGGUAGCUGAGCUUCUUAGUAAAUUAGAAGAUACUUAACUAUGUUUGACAAUGUAUAGAGGAGUCGAAGCGGAGCCAUUACAACAUAGCAAUGGGUAGCAUUGCUGGUAUUUUCUUGCUAGUACCUAAACCAAAUACUUGCUUCAGAAACUCAGAUGUUUCGCAAUUGUUAGCAAUUAGAUAUGGCAGAUAGAAUUGGUAGGUUACAAAAUGUCAUUUCUUACUCUGAAGCAAGGGACAAGUGCUCUGACUCGCAACUACAUGUCGCAUAGAUGAACCAGAAUCCAAAAGGAGAUUGCUCUGUUAUUUCUCCUAGCAUUUUCUCGUUCCUA